UGUUUUCUUUCCUGCUGGUAACAAACUCCUCUUGAUCUCCCUCUGGACGCUUGGCUUCCUUAAUUGAUAUUCAGAGACGGUGUCAGAGAAGACAGGAGCAUUUGAACACAAGUUACUGAGGAAGACCAAGACAAGAAUGACCAACAAGAGCUUAAUUCCCGGGCUAACCACAGUUCUCCUCUUCUUGAUGGCUUGGUUGGCCAUGAUCAACGCCGCCACUUUUGAGAAGUUCCUGCGACAGCACGUGGAUUACCCAAUGACUGAAUUUCCGGAUGCCCAGCGGUACUGCAACCUCAUGAUGAAACGUCGUCACAUGGCAACCAGUAAAUACUGCAAACAUCUCAAUACCUUUAUCCACAUGGAAGUCCCUCAGAUCCAAGCUGUCUGCGGCCCGGCAGGAGAACCAACCACGGGAGACCUCCGGGAAAGUAACUCCAGCUUCCCCUUGACAAUGUGCAAACUUCAAAGGGGCUCCUGGGCUCCAGAUUGCAACUACAUAGGAACCAGCGCUGUCGAUAGGAUUAUUAUCGCUUGUGAAGAUGGCUACCCAGUCCACUUGGAAACUGAAGUUCCAGAUUAUAAUGAGCCGGAGGACUUAUAAAAUGUGGGCCCGAAGUAACCAUUUCAGCUAUCUGCCUUUUCUCUCUCUUUGCUUCUACAGGCAGACCUCGACUCAUUUAGCGACUGUUCCAAAUUAUAACGGCAUUGGAAAAAAAUGACUAGAAAAAAGUCAUUUGAUUUGAACAAGAAGUAACACUGAAAAAUAAGUGACUUUUUCACACUUAUGACCGUUGCGUCAUAAUUCAGAUGUUUGGCAACUGGUUCAUGUUUCUGACGGUUGAUCGCCUUUUGCGACCUUCUGACAAGCAAAGUCAGUGGGGAAGCCAGAUCACUUAACAACCAUAUUAUGAACUUAACAAUUACACUGAUUCACUUAACAGCUGUGGCAAGAAAGGUCAUAAAAUGGAGCAAAACUCACUUAACAACUCCCUCACUCAGCAAUAGAAAUUUUGGGCUCCAUUAUUAUUAUUAUUAUUAUUAUUAUUAUUAUUAUUAUUAUUAUUAUUAUUAUUAUUAUUAUUAUUAUUAAUUUGAUUUCUAUACCGCCCUUCUCCCGAAGGACUCAGGGCGGUGUACAGGCAAGAAUAAAACAGACGGUACAAUAUACAAAUUUAAAAUGCAGUUAAAAAACUUAUUUUAAAAUUGGCCUGAGAAGUAAAAUAUAUAAUAAGCUAAAAAAAAACCAUUUAAAAUUAAUUUCAUUAUGUAUUAUGUACCUCAAGGACAGUUUCUCAUAGUUGAUGAUUAAUUGAUUGGUUGUUUGGUUGAUUCUGUGCCAUCAAGUUAUUUUCAACUCUUAAUGACCCCAUAGAUAGAUUUUAUCCAUGUUAAUCUCUCCCAAUCUUUGGUGUUUCAACUCUCCCAUCUGUGCCCACUCCAUCAUCAUCAUUCUUAUAGGUAUGAAGAAGAAAACCUGUUUCUCUAUUUUCUCUUGGAAAUAAAAACCAAUUGAGUUGAAAA